CACCGACCCGAACCACCCGCUUCCAAUCAAGUCUCCCGCUACGGAAAACAAGAUGCAUCAGACAUCCUCGCGCUUGUUGCGCAUGACGGACGAUGACCGGCCGUUCACAAAGGACUUCAAGGAUCUCUUUGCCACCCUGGUCGUCAGUCUGCUACCGCUCUCGGCUCACCGCGUCCGAUUGACAAAGGUCGAGUACACCUUUCUGUCCGAGGAUGCUAUCAACAACCUUGGAUCUCUCAAGUUCUCCCAGUCCAACCGCAUGCCCGACCCCAAGGACCCCUCCCGCAUUGUCACCACCACUACUACCACGACCUUUUCCAUGGCCAAGGAUAUGGCCCGUUCUAUCUGCCAACGUUUCCUCGAGGCCCGUUUUAUCGAAUCGGCCGACGGCAAGUACCAGCAGGUGUACACAAUGAAGGGAUCCGUCUGGCAAUUGACACCAAAGGGCAUCACUGUCCUGGACCGAUUCUGUGCCCGAAAUGGCAUCCAGCAGAAGCAGGUGUCAGAACUUGCUAACCUCGGCUCGACUCAGCUGGUCCUUCUGGAGCGAGAUUCUCAGACUGACAAGCUUCUCCACGAUCAGGGCACUGUUGAGGUCAUCUUCCGUCGCUUCGCGGGUUCUGAGGGCCGCAACGUCAAGCCUACUGUCAACGCCGCCGACUCAGACUCGUUGCAUGAUUACCGGGACGGUCUUACUGGUGUCAAAAUGGCAGCCGAGCGCAAGGUCAACGGAAAGUCAUAUCGUGACACAUUCACGGGCAAGGCCACAACCGAUUGGCUGAUGGACUGCUCCACCAUUGUCGACAAGCGGGAGACGGUCGAGGUUGCUACCCUCUUCGUCGAGUACGAUCUGAUGGAGCCCGUGGCCCAGGACCGCGCCUACAUGUCCCAGAACCCCGGAUGCAAUGUCUUCCAGCCCACCAAGUACGCCAUCUACCAGCUGUCGCAAAGAGGCAAGGACCUGGUCAGCGGUGCGGCCACGCGAGGACGGGCAUCAGAGAGUGAAGGCGGUAACGCAUCGCAGCGAAACGGAAUCACUCGGGACUCCAACACGCAGCGAUUGGACAAGAUCCUGAACGACCCUGCGCUCCGGCUUCUCUUCCGUGAGCAGCUCCGCGACACGCACUGCGAAGAGAACCUGUCGUUCUACCAAGACGUCGACGAGUUUGUACGUAGCUGCAAGGCUGCGACACGGGCAGCUCAGAAGUCGCCCAACACCACAGCCAUGGACAGCAUCAAGGAGAUUAUGGCAUCGGCAUAUGGUAUCUACAAUGCCUUCCUAGCUCCCGGAUCACCAUGCGAGCUCAACAUCGAUCACCAACUGCGAAACAACCUGGCAACGCGGAUGACCAAGGCUGUCGGACAGGACGUGGCCAUGAUCGACACUCUCCAAGAGGUGACGUCUCUGUUCGAAGACGCCCAAAAUGCCGUGUUCAAGCUGAUGGCCAGUGACUCUGUACCAAAAUUCCUUCGCAGCCCCAAGUACGAGCAACAGCUGCGAAACUACGAGUUUGACCUUCUCGGCCGGGGGCCCGAACGGAGCCAGAGCAGAUCAAACCGGAAGUAG